AUGAUAAAGCCACCCGUAAACAAGGGAGAUAUGGGGGAGACACAAGUAGCAGAGCAUACUGCCAUAUCAGUUGAUGAUAAGAAUACCAAUGAUGUACCCUUUCUGGAGUUAUUUUUGAGAGAAAUAGACUGUUCCCAAUACCUGAAUGAUUUUAUCAAAUGCAACCUUGUCACAGAAGAAGAAAUUAACUAUUUAGACAAGGAUAUUCUCAUUGCUUUGGGAGUACACAAAAUUGGGGAUAGACUCAAGAUUUUAAGAAAGGCCAAAUUGUUUCAGAGAAAUAAAAGUAUCGAACAAGUGAAGAAAUUGAAAAACCUGAUGGAAAAAGUAAGUUCACUGUCUACUUCGACAUUAUCCGUAAACUCAGACUUAAUUCCAGAAAAGCAUUGCGUUAUAUUUAUCUUAAACGAUGGCUCUGCUAAAAAAGUGAAUGUGAAUGGUUGUUUUAAUGCAGACUCUAUCAAGAAGAGAUUAAUUAGAAGAUUGCCACACGAAUUAUUAGCCACAAACUCCGACGGAGAAGUAACUAAAAUGGUUCAGGAUUAUGAUGUGUUUGUAUUAGACUAUGCAAAGAACGUAUUACACUUGUUGUAUGAUGUAGAAUUAGUCACUAUUUGUCAUGCUAACGAUCGAGUUGAGAAAAAUAGAUUGAUUUUUGUUUCCAAAGAUCAAACGCCAAGCGAUAAGGCGAUAUCUACUUCCAAAAAAUUAUACCUGAGAACUUUAAGUGCAUUAAGCCAAGUUGGAUCAAACACAUCGCAUUUGACAGCACAGAACAAGGAAAUAUCGCCUAAUGAUACUGGAGGUAAGCUCCGGAUUGACAAUACUGAAAAAGACAGAAUCAGGAAAAUAUUCAAUCAAAGACCUCCUAGCGAGUUUAUCUCUACCAACUUGGCUGGAUAUUUUCCUCAUACAGACAUGAAGCGGUUGCAAAAAACGAUGAGAGAAUCAUUUCGGCAUUCAGCAAGAUUAAGCAUCACUCAAAGUAGACCUUUGAGCGCUGAAACAAAUAAUAUUGGUGACAUCCUGUUGAAGCACUCAAAUGCCGUUGAUAUGGCGCUAUUACAAGGAUUAGAUCAAACGAGAUUGAAUAGUAAGCUUGACACAACCAAAAUUCCCAAACUUGCACAUAAAAAACUGGGAGAUAAAGAUGCCAUAUCCAAUCAAUUAGAACUAUUAAGUGUUGAAUCUGGUGAAGAAGACUAUGAUUUUCUUGAGGAGGACAGUGAAAUCGUUUCACUACCAACAAAAAUUGCUACACCCAAGAACUGGUUGAAGGGUGCUUGUAUUGGAUCAGGCAGUUUUGGAAGUGUUUAUUUGGGUAUGAAUGCUCACACUGGUGAACUUAUGGCAGUAAAACAAGUGGAGAUCAAAAACAGCAAUAUCGGUGUGACCACAAACAACAACAAGCAACAAACGAGAACAGAUGAGAACAAUGAUCAAGAGGAGCAACAUAAAUUGCGCCCACAGAAUCAACAACAAGAGAAAAUAGAAGAUGCCGGUCCGGUAAGUCAUCCUAAAACGGGUCAAAAUAUUCAUAGAAAGAUGGUUGAUGCUUUGCAGCAUGAAAUGAAUUUAUUAAAGGAACUGCAUCAUGAAAACAUCGUUACUUAUUAUGGUGCUUCUCAAGAAGGUGGAAAUUUGAAUAUUUUUCUCGAAUACGUUCCAGGAGGUUCAGUUUCAUCUAUGUUGAACAAUUAUGGUCCAUUUGAAGAAUCUCUGAUUACUAAUUUUACUAGACAAAUACUGAUUGGGGUUGCGUAUUUACACAAGAAAAACAUUAUUCACCGAGAUAUUAAGGGUGCUAAUAUUUUGAUUGAUAUCAAAGGUUGCGUGAAGAUAACCGAUUUUGGUAUUUCAAAAAAAUUAUCACCUUUGAACAAAAAACAAAAUAAAAGGGCUUCUUUGCAAGGCUCUGUAUUUUGGAUGUCACCAGAAGUGGUCAAACAGACCGCAACUACUGCUAAGGCAGAUAUAUGGUCAACCGGAUGCGUUGUUAUUGAAAUGUUUACUGGUAAGCAUCCAUUUCCUGAUUUUUCUCAGAUGCAAGCGAUCUUUAAAAUAGGGACGAACACGACCCCUGAGAUACCUUCCUGGGCUACACCAGAAGGGAAGAAUUUUUUAAGAAAGGCAUUUGAAUUGGACUAUCAAUACAGACCUAGCGCCCUUGAACUGCUUCAGCAUCCAUGGUUGGAUGCACACAUAAUUUGA